UCAGCAGUGCCCGGCUGAGCUUGGGGUUGAAGGAGGCACGUGGGGUAGGCGGGAGUGUGGGGCCGGCACGUGGUCCAGCCUCCUCGGCCGCGUGCAGGCCCCCCGCCCCCCGAGAGGAGGGGUUUGGGGAAGUAGGGGCGGGCCGGGCGGGGGCCGGCGGCGGGAGCUGUCCGCGAGCCCUAGUGCUGAAGUAGGCUCGGACGAGCCUGGUGCCUGGUGCGUAGAACCCGGUGCGUGGUGCCCGGGCCAGAGAAGACCAUGGCGUUCAUGGUGAAGACCAUGGUGGGCGGCCAGCUGAAGAACCUCACCGGGAGCCUGGGGGGCGGCGAAGACAAGGGGGACGGGGACAAGUCGGCGGCCGAAGCGCAGGGCAUGAGCCGAGAGGAGUAUGAGGAGUAUCAGAAGCAACUGGUGGAAGAAAAGAUGGAGAGGGACGCGCAGUUCACACAGAGGAAGGCCGAGCGGGCCACGCUGCGGAGCCACUUCCGAGACAAAUACCGGCUCCCCAAGAAUGAGACAGAUGAGAGCCAGAUCCAGAUGGCAGGUGGAGACGUGGAACUGCCCCGGGAGCUGGCCAAGAUGAUUGAGGAGGACACAGAGGAGGAGGAGGAGAGGGCCUCGGUCCUCGGGCAGCUGGCCAGCCUCCCUGGCUUGGACCUUGGCUCACUCAAGGACAAGGCCCAGGCCACAUUGGGGGACCUAAAGCAAUCAGCGGAGAAGUGCCACAUCAUGUGA